CGAAGUUUGAAGAUAUAUUAAUAAUCAUUGUAUUCACGCGCACUGAUAUAUUCUCGCCGCUGGUAAAUAAAAGUUACGAAGGUAUAAAAAUAUAUGGAUAUGAUGGAAUGAUUAGGAAAAUCAAAAGGAGCAGGAGUCCGCCCGGAAUAUCUGCGCCGCGCAACUGACCCAUAGUAAAGGAACGCAUGAGCGAUGCCAACGAUCCCGAUGUCGACGACGACGAUGACGACAAGGGCGGCAACGUUCGCGAGCAAGAUCGUUUCCUUCCUAUCGCAAACAUCAGCCGAAUAAUGAAAAAAGCUUUGCCAGCAAAUGCCAAGAUAGCGAAAGACGCAAAAGAAACUGUUCAAGAGUGCGUCUCCGAGUUCAUCAGCUUCAUCACAAGCGAAGCUAGUGACAAGUGUCAGCGCGAAAAGCGUAAAACAAUCAACGGAGACGAUCUGCUCUGGGCAAUGAGCACGCUCGGAUUCGAAGAAUAUGUUGAACCGUUGAAGGUUUAUCUGCACAAGUACCGGGAGACGGAAGGUGAAAAAGCCACAAGCAUCAAACAUGGUGAUGCAGCAGCGAAGAAGGCUGAUGUAUCUGGAAAGCAGACCUCUUAGUUAGCUACAGACAACCAUCUUUCACUAGCUUCUACUUCAUCACUUUAUUGCACUCGAAUUCCCAGAUUUGUCUGCAAGGGGAGGGCGAUGUAGGCUGGAUACACCUGAAGAGCAAGGGAGAUAAGCCCCGUUUCGUGGGCGAUGUUGAUCGGACGCCUCGGCUUCAUUUACGUCGUGAAAAUGCUUUACCCAACCAGAGGUAAACCUUUGCGUAUGAGCUUUGAGUGUUAGGUGGAAGACCAAAUUUGCUUGAUUGGUUUGUCAGUAAUUAAUGAACAUAACUCAAUUUUGCCU